UCGACCUUUAGUCUUGAUCUGCUGCUGCUGUCGUGGAAACACGUCGUCGUGGAGACGAACCAAACUCAACACACCAGCCGGUCGUCAGCGAUGGGACGUUUGUCUUUCUCCUUAAAACGGAGACUUCUUGUCUCACUUCUGUGUCUCCUGCUUCAUCUGAACUCUUCACGGGGUUAUUCUCUGAAGCACUGCUCAGUCGGUUUCUCCCAGGAUGCCUCCUCUGAGGUGGUUGUGGAUUGUGGGAACGCUCAACUUGUGGCGGUUCCUGAUGACCUCCCCAGAGACGCCGGCGAAAUAAGACUCUGCUACAAUCAUCUCCGACAGAUUAACAGGGGAGAUUUCGGCAAACUGUCACAGCUGAGAAUUUUGUACUUGGACUCAAAUCAGAUCUUUCACGUGGACGACGGAGCUUUUAUCCACCUGGGGGCGUUGACGGAGCUCACAAUGACCAACAACCAACUGAGCAGCCUGACAGGAAACAUGUUCCAGGGAUUGUCCAACCUCACCCUGCUCAACCUCAGCAGGAACAACAUUAAGCUCAUACACCCCUUGGCCUUCCAGUCCUUGUCCCGCCUACAAACUGUGAUUCUCAACAUAAACAAGCUGCAACAUCUCCCCGACCUGCAGCCCAUCCUCCAGCUGCCAAACCUGCACAAACUCAGCAUCAGAGACAACCUCUUUCCGUCUUUUGAGACCAAAGAUCUGCAGCUGAACGUGUCCUCCAGCCUGAAGGUGUUAGAUAUUUCUGAUAGUAAGUUGGAAAGGUUCAGCAUCACAACGAAGAUCUUCCCUCACCUUCAGAUGAUCGAUUUCUCUCGCUGCGGCCACGCUGAAGGACUGAAGUGGGACAUACCUGACAAGACUCUACUGAGCAACAUCACUGAGUUGUAUUUCAGUAUCGUUCCUCUUAAAGAGAUCCGAAAAGUCCUGCAGAGUCUCGACUCACUGACGCAUCUGACACUGAAUUAUAUGGAGAUGUUGAUCAACAGAGGUCUCUUAGCUACAGUCUGCCGGAUCCCGACACUGAAGACACUCGUCCUGAUUAACAACAAUGUUGCCAAUUUAAGUGCCAAACUCUCAAACUGCUCUCAGCUCAUUGGGCUCGAUUUGUCCGUCAUGAAAAUGAGCGAGCUGCCUGAAGGCUCCCUACGACUGAUGACGCAGCUCAGCUCCCUGAAUGUAGAAACCAACUUCCUCUCCAGAGUGCCAGACGACAUUCGGAGUCUCUCCUCCCUCGAGAUCCUGAACCUCAGUGACAAUCUGAUCUCCGGGUUGAACUGUGAGGAUUUCGCAAACACAACGCGGCUCACAAACCUUUUUCUGAACACCAACCGUAUCUCCAAACUGGACAGGUGUGUCUUUGAGAAUCUGAAUGAGCUGCAGGUUUUAGAUCUGAGCGACAACCUGUUGUUGACAUUCGGCGGUGUCUUUAAAACCGGCCCGCAGCAGCUCCAGCUCCUGGAUUUGGGCAAAAACCUUGUAUCUAUUCUCGAAAAGGGUGAUUUCCAAGGUUUAGGCUCCCUAAAAAGUUUGGAUGUGGUGUCAAAUAACAUCGGAAGGGUGAAACAUGAAGCUUUUCAAGGACUGAGCAGCCUCAGGAAUCUCAGCGUGUCUCUGCCACUUCAGUUAGAAAAUGACUUCAGAAGUUUACGGCAGCUAGAAAAUCUGACAGUUUACUUGUUUAUCGAAGACAGUCUCAAAAUUCCUCAUCCAAACUUUUCUAAAGCUUUCUUCCAGUUAAAGUCUUUGAAGGUUUUCACGAUAAUAUGCAAAGGAGCUCACUAUUCCUUGCCCGACAUCCCGGCCGAGACGCUCCGUGCCAUGAGACAUUUAGAGGACUUCACAGCUGAGAACUUCUACGUGUCCGCCUCAGAUCUGAACAUGGUUGACUUCAAUCCCCAGCUGAAGAGUCUCACAGUUCACCAGUCUGACAUGUCCGGUUUAGAACCUGAGCAGUUUCAUCCGAUCCCAAACCUGCAGCUUCUCGAUCUGUCCGGGACGAAUGUCAAGACUUUGGACUUCCUGUCCCGGGCCAACCUGUCCGCCCUCAGAUGUUUGAAACUAAGAGACAAUGAGAUCACAGUGAUCGACGAGUCCAUCUUCCAGUCUCUCCCCGCUCUAACAUACCUGGACCUGUCCGUUAACCCUUUCACUUGUGACUGCUCCAACGCCGGAUUCAUCCAGUGGGCGAAGAACAACAACCAAACUCUGGUUGAUAACGGACAUCAGUACGACUGUGCCUUUCCUGCGGCUCAAAGGGGGAGAAAGCUGCUGGACUUUGACGUCCAGUCCUGUUGGACGGACUUUGGCUUCCUCUGCUUUGUUUCCAGCACCUGUCUGACUUUACUCACUCUCCUCACGUCCUUCACCUACCACUUCCUGAGGUGGCAGCUGGCCUACACCUUCCACCUCUUCCUGGCCUUCCUCUACGACAGCAGGAAGAGGAAGAAGGGCGCCGCUCAUCAGUACGACGCCUUCAUCUCCUACAACGUUCACGACGAGGCCUGGGUCUACAGGGAGAUGCUUCCUGUGCUGGAAGGAGAGCAGGGCUGGAGACUGUGUCUGCACCACCGAGACUUCCAACCAGGUAAGCCCAUCGUGGAGAACAUCACAGACGCCAUCUACGGCAGCAGGAAGACCAUCUGUGUGAUCAGCCGGCGCUACCUGCAGAGCGAGUGGUGCUCCAGAGAGAUCCAGAUGGCCAGCUUCCGUCUGUUCGACGAGCAGAAGGACGUGUUGAUCCUGCUGUUUCUGGAGGACAUCCCGGCCCGCCAGCUGUCUCCGUACCACCGCAUGAGGAAGCUGGUGAAGAGACGCACCUACCUGAGCUGGCCGCUGGCCGGCCGCCACACGGGAGUCUUCUGGCAGAACGUCCAGAGAGCUCUGGAGACGGGGGACGCCCCCACCGAGACCCCCAACCUGCUCGCUGCCAGCCUGCCCCACUGUAUUCUUUCAAGAUAGAAAUACGUUUCUAGAUAAAGAAUCUCAGGCUGCAGCUCAUAGGUCCAUUAUAGAUUAAUCUGAUGAUUAUUUUCUUGAUGCUUUUGCAGAUUAAAAUGAGCAAAAUCACAAUUAUGAUUCACAUAUUUAAGUUAAAAAAAGUUUUGUUGUGCUUUAAUGCAGAAAUGUCCAACUUUAAUGGAGAAAUGUCCAACUUUAAUGCAGAAAUGUCCAACUUUAAUGGAGAAAUGUCCAACUUUAAUGCAGAAAUAAC